AUGGGGACCUCCGCAAAGCUGUACGCAAACUCUCCUGUACGACUCCCAGCUGGCUCCAAAGUGGGCGUGGUCCUCUUCGACCAGACCGCCCGCACCAAGCUCCCCCUCACGCCCACGCCCGAGACACUGGACGAGCGGCAGAGGCUGGCCACCUCCUCCCUGCCCAGGAACCCUUCGAGGAUCGCCCAGAGCCAGAAGUGCAUCAUCUGCGGACUUCAGGAGGCUGUGCGGAUGCUCGAGGGCGACAUCGACCAGCGCAGUGCUUCCGGUGGGUCAUCCUGCUCAUCACCUCAGGCUCCCCCAUCCCCCUCGUGCCCUUCGACGUGGAGCAGCUGGGCACGGUGGUGACGCAGAGGGGUGCCAGGGUCGUGCCAUCAUCUACCCCGUGACGGACCGCAACCGCCCCAACCUUCGCCCGGGUGGAGGUGCUCGCCCAUC